CGGCCCGUAUUCGUAUGACAGGCCUAUACAUUGCGAUUAUCAUGAGUCUGUUCUUCAACUGAGAUAUUCACAGUCAAGCUCACGAACCGGAGACGACAGGCGAAGAAAUCAGAUCGAUAUGGAAGUCCAGGGAUCCUCGAAGAAGAUGAUAGCGACGCAGGCUGAGAUGGUGGAGGCCAGGGUUCCAAUUCCUUACAGAGACCAGUGCGCUCACUUGUUGAUCCCUCUUAAUAAGUGCCGCCAAUCCGAGUUCUACCUCCCAUGGAAAUGCGAAAACGAGCGCCAUUCCUACGAGAAAUGUGAAUAUGAGCUCGUUAUGGAGAGGAUGCUUCAGAUGCAGAAGAUCCGUGAGGAGGAGGCCAAAUUCAAGAAGGGUAUUCCUCUCAUUCCCAAGACUGCCAAUGUAUGACGUCAUUCCUUAAUCAGGAAGCCGUAAACUGCUGUGACGUGUCAGGUUCACUAUUUUCCGACGCCAGUUAUUAGUUUCGAAUAUCAUCUUUCCAAACAUUAAAUCUGUUGAGCAUUUGGAAUAAAGUUAUCCCUUACCAAAAAACGUGUGAACUUGAUCCUUUGAUUUCUUUGUUAAAAUAUCAUCAUGUUGACGUGUAUUGAAUCUUGAAUAUCAUUUUGCUUUGUGGAUUUAGUCUGAUGUCUCAAAUUUUUAAACUUUUA